AGGUGAUAGAUGUAAAAAAUAAGCACUAAAUGCGUCUAGGUCCCUCGUCUCCUUUAGCUCAUCGCAGUUCCUAUGUGGCUCUUUGUGUCCCAGAUCUCCAUUGCAUUCAUGACAGCUCCAACGAAAAUGUCGUGUUGGCUGUGGAAAGAGACCCUGGCUCUGGCAGAGGACUACCUGUUCUUCUGCAGCAUAAGCACACAGCCAGCCCCUCCACCUCCCAGCGAGUCAGCCGCUGCCAUGAGGCGCCUGGCCCAGGACAUGGAGACCCAGCACCACGCUCGCUUCCACUCCCUCGCUCAGACCUUCCUGCAGCAGUGCGGGCAGGACCCCUGCUCCAGCCUCAGGAAGGUGAUGGAGGAGCUGGUGGGAGAUGGACAGUUGAACUGGGGGAGGGUGGUGUCCCUCUUCACCUUCACUGGGGUGCUGGCCAGACAGCUGCGGGAGCAGGAUGGCACAAAGCCGGGGCUGGACCCCGGGCAGGGGCAGGACCUGGGACAGGGACCCAGUAGCUGCAGAGGACUGGCAGAGACCAUAGCUGAUUACCUAGGAGAGGAGAAGAAAGACUGGAUGCUGGAGAAUGACAGCUGGGAAGGGUUUUGUAAGUUCUCCCGCAGUGCCAGAGAGGUGAACCAAGACUCCUCCAUGAAGACAGCUCUAUUUGCUGCUGCUGGGGUGGGCAUCGCAGGAUUGACCUUCCUCCUGGUGCGCUAGCUAGCCUUCCUCAUCCUUCACACAUACCCAUCCGUUUCUUUUCAUCACAUUAAGUAGACAUUUGAUUCAUUUAUUCUAACGUCUUUACUGCGUAAUCUCCAUCGAUUUCAGGGUUGUGAUUAAGAGUCGUCAACUGAAUGUUUGCACAUACUCCAACCCCACGUUUGAUACUGACAUUUGUCACUUGCUCCUUAAGAUUGUAAAAAUGAUCUCAAUGCCUUCAGAAUCAAUGGAGUAAGCACUAUCAGCUACAUAUCGUUUUCAGACAGAUUUAACUAUUAAAGCACAGGUUCCUGCACAGAAACAGCUCACGGUCAAAGUUUCUCUUUUCAACUGUGCAGCUAUGAAACAUUGCAUUUCAGUUUUCCAUCACCUGUUGGAUUGACUUUGUUUUUAAUUUUGUCAGUUGCCUUUACUCCAUGUGUUUACCUGAGUUGUGUAUGUGGUAUAGAGCCAUUCUAGUGUAAAACGUAUAAAUUAAUAUAUUAUAUUUAUAUGAAAAGAAACUGUAAGCAGUGGCCAUUUUCUAAUCGAUCCACAGCUGAUUGAGUUGUUUUUCUUUAGUCUGUCCUACAUUCAUGUGAAAUGUCUGUGAUUUACAUGGCCACCAGGGCAUCGGUGCAUCGGUGUGAUGCAGUAUGGGUGGCCAGACAACGGUGCUAUGAUAUGUUAUGAAAUGCUUCUCUCAUAUCAGUCUGAAACCAGGGACCAAUCUGAAUUUAAACAUUUUGCUAUUGGAACAAACCAUUGCUGCGGCAAUUCCCCCCCACAAAUCUCUCUUUUGAGCAUUAUAUUUUUACAUUGUUUUGUUCUAUUUAUUUAUGUCAGUCUUUUUUAAUAAAACAAGAUCCAAUCAUGAA